GUUUUACCUUAGUCAGGCAGCCGUCCAUAUUGUCCGGCUAUAGACUCUGACCAUUUGAACGUGAGAGUACUUAAGACCUGUGUGUGCCUUGCUUUCUUCAGUUGAUUUAGUCUUCUAGUUUAAUAUUACUUGUCGCUAAGUAAGUCUAGAAGCUACAGCAGUGUUGUGUGGCCUGUAGCUGUUCUUUUGACAGUGUAGAAAUCUGUGAUAGUGAUUUGUCCUACAUUUUCGCCAGACGACACCCUAGAGACGUCUGCUGAGAGUUUGAUGCCAAGAUGGCGGAACUGGAGGUCGAGGACUCUGCAGAGCGCGGCGGCAGACGGCUGUCGACGCUGUUCAUGCCGCCCAGCCUGAACCUGCAGAGGUGCCAGCGCUGCAGCCAGAAGGUGUAUCAGCAGGAGAGGAUCGGCCCCGUCAAUGACGUCGUCUUCCACAAGCAGUGCUUCAAGUGUUGUGUGUGCGGUGGUUACGUCACACUCAAGAACUACUGGACCAACCAGAGCCAGAGUGAGGACAAGGAGAUCUACUGCCAGAGGCACGCGCCAAGGAUAGGCGGCUCCAGGCUCGACGACAAGGCCAUGGGGAUACAGAGAGCCAUGGCGGCCCAGGACAACUUCCGGAGAGCGACCAGCAAAAUGUCGGAGCUUCGCUUCCAGGGGGAACAGCCUGGGUACGCUAUAGACAAUGAGGCUCUGGGCAUCAAGUCCGCCCUGGCCCAGGGCCGCAACAACCCCCACGGGCCAAUCACGGAUCAUUUUGCCGGACACAAGAUCUCCAUCGACGAGAACGCCGUCCACAUCCGUGGCGCCCUCAACGCCCAGCUCCUGCAGAAGAAGUACCAGAGGAAGCUGGACAAGCACCACUUCCCACCCCACAUU